AUGGCUGUACUGAAUAGAGUAGUAGUUUCAAUUCUUAAGAGACAACCACUAGUUACUUCUAUUCCAAGAAGAUUUAACAGUAUUUCUUCCUCCUCCACAACUGCGUCAACUUCCAAUACGCCAAAUAUCACAGAAAACUCCCCUAAUGCAGCUUUUGAAAAUGAGAUAAUUGAAAAAGAUGAUAUGUUUGUUAUUAAUCAAAAGCAAGAAAAUGAUAAGAUUAGAAGAUAUAUUAAUCGAUUGAAAAUGACCCCUAGUGAAGAAAUUGAAAAACAGCUGGAAGGUAUGCCAGAUUCAAUAACGAAAAAUAAUCCUGAACUGGAUACAAAAUUAAAAACUGAGCUUUUAAAAUUUUUUGAUGAUUUUUCUAACAAAAAUGAUUUGUUCAGGACUAUGGAUGAAUAUGAAUUAUUGACCAAUGACGACUCCACAACAAGAGCUCAAUCAAUUGAUAAUAUGUAUUCUCAAAGUUCUGUUGGAGUCAACGAUACCCUAAAUAAUUUCCCAUUUUUAGAACCUUCUCAAUAUGAUAAGCCAUAUACAAAGCAAGAAUUAUUCUUAAGACAGUUGAAGCAUUCAAGAUCAACAGCUAGGCUUGGUGCAACCAUUAAAAAUGUUUACAAUCCACGGAUGAAUUUAACCAAUCCGAUUAACAUUCAAAAUUUAACUAUCAAAGAUUUAUUUAAUGCUAAUGUUCAUUUGGGUCAAUCAAAAUCGAUUAUAAACCCAUCAAAUAAACGCUUCAUAAUGGGUACUUAUAUGGGCUUAAAUAUUAUUGAUUUAAAUAAAACUUUGAUUAGUUUAAAGAGAGCACAUACAAUUUUGUCAAAAAUUAACUUGAAAAAUGGAAUUAUAUUAUUUAUUGGUACAAGGAAUGAUCAUAAAGAAAUAUUGAAGAAUGUUUCAAAUAGAUUAAAAAAUGCUUAUAUUGUAACAAAUAGAUGGAUACCAGGGACUUUGACAAAUCCAACUGAAAUUUCAAAUAAUUGGGAACGUAUUGUUAUUACUGAAAAUGGUGGUAACUUAACUCAAAAGAUCAUAACAGAUUCUGAAAUUAUUAAGCCUGAUUUAAUUGUUGUUUUAAAUCCAAAUGAAAACAAAAUUGCACUAAGAGAAGCAAUGAAAUGUAGAAUCCCAAGUAUCGGUAUAAUUGAUACAGAUUGUGAAUCAAGCUUGGUCACCUACCCAAUUCCCGGUAACGAUGACUCUUUUAGAUCUCUUUCCAUGCUAGUUGGUGUUCUCACCUCAGGAUUACAGUAA